CCGCUUAGUAUAUUGAUGAUAUUUACACAAUCUCUAACUUUUAUACAAAAACGAUUUUAUCAUGCUCGAUUAAAGGGUAAAAAUGUACUCAUUACUGGAGCUUCUUCUGGUAUUGGUAAGGCGUGUGCUGUAGAAUUUGCAAAACAAGGAUCAAAUCUGAUUUUGGCAGCUCGACGUUUGGAAAGAUUAGAAGAAUUAAAAAAUGAACUUACACAAUCUUAUUCAAAUAUAAAAAUACAUACAAUGCCUUUAAAUAUUCGAGAAAAGAAGAAUAUUGACGAUGCUGUACAAAGAUUAGCCGUAAAAGAUGACAUUGAUAUUUUAGUAAACAAUGCAGGUUUAGUUAUUGGGUUAGAUCACCUUUCUGAGGUAACUGAAGAUUCAUUUGAUACAAUGUUCGAAACGAACGUGAAGGGUCUUGUCUUUAUGACUCAAGCUGUUCUUCAUGGAAUGAAACUAAAUAAGAAAGGGCAUAUUAUUAACAUCGGCUCCGUUGCUGGAAAAGAAAGUUAUCCUGGAGGAAGUAUUUAUUGUGGAUCAAAACAUGCUGUGGAUGCAAUUACUCGUUCCUUGUUAUUUGAGCUUAUAGAUACUCCAAUUCGCGUUAGUCAAGUUUCCCCUGGUCUUGUUAAUACGGAGUUUUCAACCGUUCGUUUUAGAGGAGAUAAAGAAAAAGCAGAUAAUGUCUAUAAAGGAUUAGACCCUUUAGUUGGACAAGAUAUAGCUGAAUUAGUAGUGUUUACCGCCUCAAGACCACCUCAUGUUAAUAUUUGCGAUAUGUUGGUAUUUCCAACAGCACAAGCAGCAGCAACCACUGUUUACCGCCGUCCUUUCAAUAAGGAUAAUUAAAUAGGGAUAUUUUUUUUAUUAUUAUUAUUUACCAAUGUUUUGUAAUAAAUGAAAUUUAUACACAU